AUAUAAAUUUGCUUGAAAAAUAAUAAUUUAUUAUACAAUGCUAAAGUACAAUCUAAUUGUUGCCGUUUGCGAAGACUUUGGCAUAGGAUUCAAGGGGGAACUGCCCUGGCAGCUCAAAUCCGAGCUCAAGUACUUUAGCCGCACCACUAAGCUCAUCCGAAAUCCCGCUAAACGCAAUGCGGUUAUUAUGGGCCGAAAAACCUUCUUUGGGGUGCCAGCCAGUAAGCGUCCAUUGGCUGAGCGACUGAACAUUGUGCUUAGCACAACGCUCAGUGCUGAGGAUUUGCCUAAGGAUGUGCUGCUUUGUCGUAGCCUGGACAAAGCGAUGCAAACGUUAGAGGCUGCAGAAUGGCGUAAGACAAUUGAAAACGUUUGGAUUGUGGGCGGCAGUAGAGUCUAUGAGGAGGCCUUGGCCUCGCCUCGCUGUCAUCGUUUGUACUUAACCAAAAUACAGGAGCGCUUCAAGUGCGAUACGUUCUUCCCGAAUAUACCUGAAGACUUUUGUGAAAUACCAAUAGACGAUGAAACCCCAAAGGGUAAACAAGAAGAGAAUGGCAUUAAAUACGAGUAUAAGAUAUUGGAAAAAAUAUUGAAAUAAUAAUAAAUAAAAAUAAUUUACA